UCGCAUGAGUUCUUAAACGUACUUCGGUCACACUGCUCUGCGCUGUUUUUUCCUCCGCAUCACGUUAAAGAUUUUAAAAUAGUUAAUUUCACUUUAAAAGCUGUAUUUUAAAGUGAUAAACGUGCACAAAAGCAUUUAGUUGCGAAUUUAUAGCCGAUAACUAGUUAAAGGUAAGAAAGCCGCAGAAAUGGCCGACAAUGACGAUCUUUUGGACUACGAGGAUGAGGAGCAGACCGAGACCACUGCGGUCGAAAACCAGGAGGCCCCCAAGAAGGAUGUCAAGGGCACCUAUGUGUCCAUUCACAGUUCCGGCUUCCGCGAUUUCCUCCUGAAACCGGAGAUCCUGCGCGCCAUCGUGGACUGCGGCUUCGAGCAUCCCUCGGAGGUUCAGCACGAGUGCAUUCCGCAGGCCGUACUGGGCAUGGACAUCCUCUGUCAGGCCAAGUCCGGCAUGGGUAAGACCGCCGUCUUCGUUCUGGCCACGCUGCAGCAGCUGGAGCCGUCGGACAACAACACCUGCCACGUCCUGGUCAUGUGCCACACCCGCGAGCUGGCCUUCCAGAUCAGCAAGGAGUAUGAGCGAUUCUCCAAGUACAUGCCCACAGUCAAGGUGGCUGUCUUCUUUGGCGGAAUGGCUAUUCAAAAGGACGAGGAGACCCUCAAGAGCGGCACCCCGCAUAUUGUGGUGGGCACCCCUGGCCGAAUUCUCGCCCUCAUUCGCAACAAGAAACUUAAUCUGAAGCUUUUGAAGCACUUUGUGCUCGACGAGUGCGACAAGAUGCUGGAGCAGCUGGAUAUGCGUCGUGACGUUCAAGAGAUUUUCCGUAGCACGCCGCACGGCAAACAAGUGAUGAUGUUCUCUGCCACAUUGAGCAAGGACAUUCGUCCCGUUUGCAAAAAGUUCAUGCAAGAUGUAAAUAUCAACGUGUUCAUAACCAAAAUGCUCGUACUUCUCCACCUCGCAUCCACCGCUAUCACGACAAUUAGUUAUUAUUUUGUUAAUGCCACGCGAUAUCGAACAUUCGAUCUUGAUCCCCUCCGUAUAAGCCAACCACCAUCUUGCAAAUGGUUAAACGCGUACAACCAAACGUCCAGCGCUCUGUGAGCAUAACUCGUAUCGAAAAACUUAGUUAAUGACUAUCGGACACCAUUUUCUAAAUGGUUAAUCGUGGAAAUUGGCAACCGUUGCAAAAGCAUAAACAAGCAGUAACCGCUGAAUGAAUCAAUUGAAAUCGCAAAAGAUUUAACAAUACCAACGCUAGCAAAAACCAAUACCUAAAUAAAACUACAAGCAAACAGCAAAGAUCCCGCCGACUGGCCGAUGAGACGAGUUGAAUCAAUCCAGAGCGAAUGCGAUGCGAUAGGCCCGCUCAUCUGUAAUCCGCACACUUCUCAGAGCGAUCAUCGAUCCUCGGGAGCAGUUCAGAGACUAGUUGAUGAGAUGUGGUGGUAGCGUGGCCGUAUGUAGAAUAUUCUAUGCAUAUUGUUGUAUGUUCCGAGGCGAGCCUAGUCUAAGUUCGAUUUCUCUGUACCCCUCCUAAUUGUGUCCUUUAAAAUGCGCCACAUUCUAUUUCCCAAAUCCAGCCCAUGGAGGUCUACGUCGACGAUGAGGCCAAGCUGACGCUGCACGGACUGCAGCAGCACUACGUCAAUCUGAAGGAGAACGAGAAGAACAAGAAACUGUUCGAACUGCUCGACGUGCUCGAGUUCAAUCAGGUGGUCAUCUUUGUGAAGUCUGUGCAACGUUGCGUGGCUCUGUCGCAGCUGCUGACGGAGCAGAACUUCCCCGCCAUCGGCAUCCAUCGUGGGAUGACCCAGGAGGAGCGUCUGAAUCGCUACCAGCAGUUCAAGGACUUCCAGAAGCGCAUUCUGGUGGCCACCAAUCUCUUUGGCCGCGGCAUGGACAUCGAGCGUGUGAACAUCGUGUUCAACUACGACAUGCCCGAGGAUUCCGACACCUACUUGCAUCGCGUGGCCCGUGCCGGUCGCUUCGGCACCAAGGGACUGGCAAUCACAUUCGUUUCGGACGAGAACGACGCCAAGAUACUUAACGAAGUACAGGAUCGUUUCGAUGUGAACAUCAGUGAGCUGCCCGAGGAAAUCGAUCUCUCUACAUACAUUGAGGGACGCUAGAGCUCGAAGGUGCAUGUUAAUCGGAACAAGACUAUGCACUUCGAAUAGAUACAAACCUAAAACCUUUUUUAAAACUCUACUUUAUAACUAAAUAAAAACUAUUCAGACAAUGUGUUGACAAACAAAAACGGAAUUAU